AGAGUUUCACAGCGCAGUCGUCCAGACGCGCCUGCCUUUUUGCCUGUUGCCAAAACCCGCCGUCGCCCGCAUCUGCUCUCCCCAUCACACUGCCCGUCUGCACACCCAGCACCGCUGCCUGCCCCCAUCUGCCCAAGCCGAAGCACCACGAUCGCCCGUAGCGAAGCGCGUCUGCUCGCCCUCCCGACCCCCCGCCUAACCAGUGGCCCGCGCUGCGAGCAUCUUCCAAGCUUCGCUUCUCCCGCCUCGCCAUAGACCGCCCCUUCUCUCACUGCAUACUGCGCGUCCGCCCGUCAGUCUCUGCCAUAAUCUACACUACCCCUAAAGCCCGCCCGAACCCCAGGCGCCGCUCUCGACCUUACAAGUACCGCCAGCACGCCCUCCCCAGCGCGCAUCCAGCCCCCGCAAGAUGGCUGCACCCACAACCCAGUCCCUGAAGUGUGUCGUGACCGGCGACGGUGCUGUAGGCAAGACAUGUCUGUUGAUUUCGUACACUACGAAUGCGUUCCCCGGAGAGUACAUCCCCACUGUCUUCGAUAACUAUUCCGCAAAUGUCAUGGUCGAUGGAAAGCCCAUAAGUCUCGGUCUUUGGGAUACAGCCGGUCAGGAAGAUUACGACCGCUUGCGGCCGCUUUCAUACCCCCAGACUGAUGUCUUCUUAAUUUGCUUUUCCAUCGUCAGCCCGCCCUCGUUUGACAACGUCAAGGCAAAGUGGUACCCCGAGAUCGAUCACCACGCACCCGGUGUACCUAUUAUCCUCGUCGGCACUAAGCUCGAUUUGAGGGACGACGAGGCGACCAAGGAGAGCCUGAGACAGAAGAAGAUGGCGCCCAUACAAUACGAGCAGGCUGUCAUGGUCGCGAAGGAGAUCAAGGCUCAGAAGUACUUGGAGUGCUCUGCGCUGACACAGCGGAAUUUGAAGAGCGUUUUCGACGAAGCGAUCCGCGCCGUUCUCAGCCCUCGUCCACAAGCUUCCGGCAAGGUCAAGAAGAGCAAGGGCUGCACCAUCUUGUAGAGGCGCAUGCACUAGAAGUACCGGCGAGGUUGCGUUGUGUAUACAGGGUACAUGGGGUUUGAAUACCAUCCGGCGACAUGACGAACGAACAGGCGACUUGGACCAGAGUCGAAGCAACAUGCAAACCACGGCAGGCCACGAACAACCACGCGGGACGCCAGUUUUGACGCAUACACGGCGAGGCGAGUGCGAGGGCGCAUUUGAGCGGGCGAGUAGCUCUAUCGUUUGAAUUUAGUCUACUCUAUGACUGCACCAAAUCCGCAGAUUAAUGAGUUGUGCGUAGAUAACGGAGCAUGUGUGGUUCUGGGCUGCUUCUCUCUUUGGCAUGGAAGACAUUGGAUUACGGCUUUUUAUUCCCAUAGAUCCAGCAUCUCGAUCAGCAUUGCAUUGCGUUGUGA